AUGGAGAGCCAGCGGCUGUCCUCCUACGGCCGCCGCUUCGGCCCCGCCAUCCCGGUGUACCGGGUGCUCCCUGCCAGCCCCCCAGCCCGGCUCCGGGCCCCCCGUGCCCGCAGCAGCCAGCCGGGUCCCCGUGUUCCUGGUGCCCGCCUGGGUCCCAGAGGCCCAAACGAUGGCACCCUUACUCUGCUGGCGCGGCGCUCACUCAGAGUCUCCAGGGUGACCCGCACAAUCACGAGACGGCCUGGAGAUGAUGGCACGCUCCAACGACCGCCUUUGCCAGCUACAUCGAGAAGCAAGGUGCUGGUGGUGGAGCUGAACCAGGUGCGGGAUCAGGAGCCCUCGCGUCUGGCCGACGUCUACCAGGAGGAGCUGCGUGACCUGCGGCGCCACGUGGAGCAGUUGGCCACCGCCAAGGCCCGUCUCGAGAUUGAGAGGGACAACCUCGCCGAGGACCUCAGCAGCCUCCAGCAGAAGCUGCAGGACGAGGUGACCCUGCGGCUGGAGGCCGAGAGCAACCUGGCUGCCUACAGGCAGGACGUGGACUCUGCCGCCUUGGCUCGCCUGGACCUGGAGCGGCGGGUGGGGACCCUGCAGGAUGAGAUCGCCUUCCUCCGCAAGGUCCACGAGGAGGAGCUGCGGGAGCUGCAGGAGCAGCUGGCCCGGCAGCGGGUGCACGUCGAGGUGGACGCCAGCAAGCCGGACCUGACGGCCGCUCUGCGUGACAUCCGCAGCCAGUACGAAGCCAUGGCUGCCAGCAAUGUCCAGGAGACCGAGGAGUGGUACAAGUCCAAGUUCGCCGACCUGACGGACGCGGCCGCCCGGCACGCGGAGGCCCUGCGCGCGGCCAAGCAGGAGGCCAACGAGUACCGGCGCCAGCUCCAGGCCCUCACCUGUGACCUGGAGGCACUGCGGGGUUCGAACGAGUCCCUGGAGAGGCAGUUGCGGGAGCUGGAGGAACGCUACGCCCUGGAGACGGCUGGCUACCAGGACACGGUGGUGCGGCUGGAGGAGGACAUCCGCAGCCUCAAGGAGGAGAUGGCCCGGCACCUGCAGGAGUACCAGGAUCUGCUCAACGUCAAGCUGGCCCUCGACAUCGAGAUCGCCACGUACCGCAAGCUGCUGGAGGGCGAGGAGAGCAGGAUCACCAUCCCCGUGCAGAGCUUCUCCAACCUGCAGAUCCGAGAGACCAGCCUGGACACUAAAUCCAUGUCAGAAGCCCAUGUGAAGAGGAGCAUCGUAGUCAAAACUGUGGAGACCAGAGAUGGAGAGGUGAUCAAGGAGUCCAAGCAGGAGCACAAGGAGGUGGUGUAG